AUGAUGAUCAAACUGCUUCUGCUCAUGGUGCUAUUCGACUCCAGCCUCUGCCUUACUGAGAAAGGCAGAGCUGCCUUGACAAAGGCAUUUAAAGGAAUAGAUCUUGAAAAGCGUCACGAGAGGUUGAGAAUGCUUGGCAUGAAAGGUUUGGGGCUGAGCACCGGAGCAGGAAAGUCCACUGCCUCAACGAAGCGGAAAACAAGUUCUGCAACAGCCACAAAUGCAGCAGCUGAAGGACUGAAAUCAGCGAUCGGUGGGAUAGCACCAAUCCAAGAAGUAAAUCAUGUUGAAGGAAUCGACGAGUACUUGUAUGACGGCGACAUGAUCCUCACUGAGUACCUGCUGCUCACACAAUCAUUUGUUAGAACGACGCUGAAAUAUCUUCAAGCUCGUACAUGCAUCACUUUUAUUGAGAGUGCCACGGCAAACGAAUCGUAUAAGAGUCUUCGAGCGGUUCCGGCUGCUAUUCGUAUAUUGGAAUGA